AGUCCACAUUGCUCGGUGUAUAAAAGCGCCAGUCGAAACUGCAAAAAGCACAGUUCAUUCAGGUCUAUCGAUCGUUAACACCUAAGCAAAGUUAAAGCACAAACCGUUUUUAGAAGCAAUAACUCAUAAUCAGCUGCGGUACAAUGGCCUUUAAGUUUAUCGCUGCAUUCGCUUUCUGUUCUGCGCUGGUCGUAGUCAGCGCUGCGCCGUAUAUACAUCAUGAAGAGAGCGGCGGACAUGAGCACGAGCACGAGGAACACAGCGGCGGCUCCAGUCACGCAUCCGUACAUUUGGUCUCGCACGACGAUCAUCACGAUGAGCAUGGACACGAUGAUGACGGCCAUGACUCGCAUGCUGAGUACCAUUUCAACUAUGGCGUAAAGGAUAAGAAGACCGGCGACUAUAAGGAGCAUAGCGAAAAACGUGAUGGCCACAAAGUAACCGGACAUUAUGAGUUGAUUGAUGCCGAUGGUCAUAAGCGUACUGUCCAUUACACAGCUGACAAACAUAGCGGUUUCCACGCCGUCGUCCACCGCGAGCCGACACACCAUCAUGUAGCCGAUCAUGGUCACACUAGCUACUAUGGCGGUCAUGCCCAUGUCGAAUCACAUGAUCAUGGUCAUGAGCAUGGACAUGAACACGGACAUGAACACGGUCAUGGUCACUCCAGCGGUUUCUCGAUCAAACAGGAACAUGGUGUGGCUUUCCAUCAUGAGGCUCAUCACGAAAGUGCUCACGAAAGUGGUCAUGAAAGUGGACAUGAAGGUGGUCAUGAUUUCGGUGGUCAUGACUUCGGUGGACACGGUCACGAUUUCGGUGGUCACUAGUAUUGUAUUUGGCUGGGGCGUAGCAUUUAGACGCAAACGUAUUUGCGUUGAUCAAAAUUUGUUGUGUAAUGAAGAACUACUCUUA